ACUUUGACUUGUACCAAUUGGCCUCAUUGAGUAGCUUCCACAAGCAUUCAUCCUCCAUUGGUGGAUGCAAAAACUAGGAUAGUUUGGGACACAACUCCAUUGUCCAACAAGUGUUCCUUUCUCAUUUGCUUCUUCCACCCCACAAUCCUCUUCAUCAUCACCAUGAAAAGAGGCUUUUAAGACAUUAGACAAAGAGGAGAUGGUACAAGGUGGCUGGUGAUGAAGAUUGUUGGAUGAACUCAUAGGUUUUUCUUCUUAGGAGUGUAUGUUUUCCUUCCAAUAAAAUAUAGAAGAAAUCUCAUUUUAUUUAUUUGAUGCUAAUAGUAGCCUAUUCUUGUUUAUUGGAACUUGGAUAAGAGUUAGAGUCAUCAUUAGAGUAAUAUUACUUUUUGUUUUUAUUAUUAAGUUUGGUGUGAUCACUGAAAUAGGAAUUGGCCACUUUGAGCUGUUUCUUUAAAGCUUAAUGCUUAGCAUUUGUUGAUCCCUCUUCAAAGAUCCUACUUUUUUAGCAUCAUCUGAUGCUUUUCUUGAUUAUAUCCUUCCUCCCCUUCAUCCUUAUCCUCUCCAAGCCCUUCCCUUUGAAGUCCAUCUCUUUAUGGAUGAGUGAGAUGUUCUUGUGCUUGGUGGCACACUGGUUUAAGGAAUUCAAGCUGAUUGGUUCUCAAAGUUUUGGUCUUUCUAUCAGGAUGUCUGGCAAGAAGAAGGCUGGUGCUAGAGUGGAGAAUGUGGAGGAAAGUGGGGAGGUUUCAGUCUUGGAUUUGCCUGAAUUGGUGUUGGAUUCCAUUCUUGGGAAGCUUUCACCUGCAGGCUUGUCCACCAUGGCUGGAGUUUGCAAAUCUUUGAGGGAGAGGUGUAGGAGUGACCAUGUUUGGGAGAUGCAUAUGAAGAGGAAAUGGGGGAGAGUUAUAGGUGCUGCUGCUCAUAGAGAGUGGCAAGCUUAUCUAGCUUUGAAGAAUGAGUCUUUGAGCAAGGCCAAAGAUCAAGGUUUUCUUGGCUCCCUCUCUUGUUUCUGGCCUCUUUGUUGGGUGAAAUCAAGGUUUGAUUUUGGUGCCAAGCCUCUCAUGAAUCCGUUGCCUGAUGAUUCAAUCAUGUCUUGGUAUCUCUCCAUUGAAAAGGGCAAGUUUUGGUUUCCUGCUCAAGUCUAUAAUCGUGAGCAUGGGCAUGUAGGAUUUAUGCUUUCUUGUUACGAUGCUCAAGUAUGCUAUGACUGUCACACUGAUACAUUUACAGCAAGGUAUCCUCCACACGGUCGAAGGACUAUACCAUCGGAAGGCGGAGUGCAGUGGGAGAGGCUUAGAGCACCACCUGUCGAUACAACAGCACAUGAACUUCAUAUCUCUGAUUAUUUGAAUGAGUUGAGACCCGGUGAUCACAUUGAGAUUCAAUGGAGAAGGAACAAAGAAUUUCCUUAUGGAUGGUGGUAUGGAGUUGUUGGUCAUAUGGAAUCAUGUAAUCAAACUGCUAACCAUUGCCAGUGUCAUAAUAGUGAUACAAUCACUUUAGAGUUUAAUCAAUACAGUGCUGAUUCAAGAUGGCGACGUACGAUCAUAGACCGGAAUAAUCAUCUCGAAGAAGGGAAUGAGACCGAAGGCUUCUAUGGAGGAGUCAGGAAACUCAACAGUAAAGAUGAGAUUGCAAUUUGGAAGCAACUGUGGCCACCUGAAGUCCUUGAAUAAGCCACACAUCUACCCAUAAUAAUAACCUUAGUGGCAAUUAAACAUGGCCAGCAUGCUCUUUGCUAUCCUGUAAGUCCUCAACAUCUUGGGACUAUCUAGUGUAAAUGUGUUAUAACUCUCUUGUUAAUCAAUUGAGCUUGCACAAAUUCAGGGCUUCUUUUUUUCCUUGGGUGGUGGAAAUUAACUGCCUUUUUAUCAGUUUUAUAAUUGAAAGAAUUCAAUGUAAAUUACUUGCAUUUAUUCAUGUCA